GCCCCGCCCACUUCUUUGAAACGUCAACAGCGGCAAACUUGAGGCUCCCUAAUCGGGAAAAUGACCACUUGUGCAGAGGAGCCGCAAUGGAGAAAAGUUCACUCCGUCUCCGGCGUGGUACCGCGGUCCAGACACGGACACCGAGCUGCUGCAAUACGGGAACUGAUUGUUGUGUUUGGUGGUGGAAAUGAAGGAAUAUCCGAGGACCUCCAUGUUUACAACACUGUCUCUAAGCAGUGGUUUCUGCCCGCGGUGAGGGGUGACAUCCCACCCGGCUGUGCCGCCCAUGGCUUUGUCUGUGAAGGCACCCGAAUACUGGUCUUUGGCGGCAUGGUUGAGUUUGGGAAAUAUACCAACAGCCUCUAUGAACUUCAGGCAAGUCGCUGGCUGUGGAAGAAGCUGAAGCCCAGAGCCCCCCGGAAUGGCUUUCCUCCCUGCCCUCGGAUCGGACACAGCUUCACUCUCGUGGGUAACAAGUGUUACCUGUUUGGAGGCCUGGCCAACGACAGUGAAGACCCCAAUGGCAAUAUAACAAGAUACAUGGGGGACUUCUAUGAGCUAGAGCUGCAGUCGCUAUCGGGGGCGAGAGGCUGGAGCAUCCCGGAGACAAAGGGCGGUGGUCCCUCGGCGCGGGAGUCCCACACCUCGGUUGCCUACACUGGCCUCGGCUCCCAGAAGCUCUACAUCUUUGGAGGGAUGCAAGGACGGCGGUUAGGCGACCUCUGGCAGAUCGACCUCGACACAAUGGUUUGGUCGAGUGCUGUAACCAGGGGCUCCAUGCCGCUUCCCAGAAGCCUUCACUCCGCCAGUGUCAUUGGAAACAAGAUGUAUGUUUUCGGUGGCUGGAUUCCGGUUCCAGGGUCAAACAAACAAAAUGCUUCAGGAACUGAAUCGAUCUGCAGUGACUCUUUAAGUGUGCUAAACUUAGACACGAUGUGCUGGCAAAAGCUGUGCCCGGAGCAGCAAGACCAUACUGGGUCCCAGCUGCCGGGCCAGGGACCCCAGAGCGACGAUCCGUACGCCUGUCGGCCCAAAGCCAGGGCCGGACACUGCGCCGCCGCCGUCGGGUCCAGGCUCUAUAUCUGGAGCGGCCGUGACGGAUACCGCCGCAGCUGGAACUACCAGGUCUGCUGCAAGGACCUCUGGUACCUGGAGACAGAUCGACCAGCCACCCCAGAGGCCCCCUUACUCAUCAAAUCCACAGUCAGCAUGCUCCAUGUGGCAUGGCGGCCCCUGGCGGCAGCAGACUGCUACGUCCUUCAGAUCCAGCCCGCGCCUCCACCAGCCAAACCAGCCGACCCCACUGGAGCGGGUGGACUGGACUCGAGAGGGAAAGAUUAUGCGGGUGUCCAGUGUCUUCACCCUCAAACGGGAGGAACCACUAAUCUAGAAGCAAAAGCAUCAGGCGAGGUUUCAGCAGAGCAGCAAACCCUGACAGAAUUGACUAACGACUCCGCAGAGACCAAAGCGCGAGGAGAGCCGAGCGCUGGAAGGGAGACAGAGAGGCAACCUGACCCGCAACGCCGUGGUGCUGGACAGGACACCUCAGCAACAGAGGUCAGCGGUUCAGCUCAGCAACAGCCAGAGUCGCAAACUGUUUCUGGUGACAAGACCACGGACGUCUGCGCCCCUAAACAUCAGCAGAAUCCAGACGAAGCUGUGUGGUUCGAUGUCGGUGUGUUCAAAGUCCUCUUCUCUGAGGUCAGCCACUACUUUCUACUCGCCGACAGUGACCAGGCAACGGGGGCCGUCACCAGCCGGCUGCCAAACACUAAAGAGAGAAAGCUCCCGGGGCCCCAGGACUAUCAGAGCAGAAAGAAGCAGGAGCUGGCUGCGGGUCAGACCUACAGGUUCAGAGUGGCAGGCAUCAACUUCUUUGGCCAGGGAGACUUCAGCGCUGUCAGUGAGUUUAAGACAUGCCAACCCGGCUUCCCCGGAGCGCCCUCUGCUGUCAAGAUUACCAAGGCCAAUGAUUCUGUCCACAUCACAUGGGAGGCUCCUUGCUCUUCGUCAGGCCGGAUCUUGGAGUACUCCAUGUACAUGGCGGUAAGGAAGAGCCGCUCCACCAGCUCGGAGCGUCUGGCUCAGAUGGCCUUCGUCCGGAUCUACCGCGGCACCAAGACGUCCUGCUCGGUUGGCUCCGCCCACCUGGACAAUGCCCAAAUUGACUUCUCGGCCUCCAACCGGCCAGCAGUGGUGUUCCGCAUAGCUGCAAAGAAUGAGCAGGGCUACGGACCAGCGACACAGAUCCGUUGGAUCCAAGAUUUCAGUAAACUGCGAGGGUCCACAUCCAAAGCCGAUGGCUAUGCUGAAGUCGACCUGGAUGCUGCGGACAGCUCCAGUUGAAAUAGUUUGGAUCAAUGACAACGUGUUUUGGAGAAGACGAUGUUUGUACUCAGGAAGUUGGCAAAGUACCCCACUCAGACGUUGUAUAUUUCCCUAGAUAAUUUUGUUAAUUUAUUUUUUUUAAUGUAUUAUUACAUUGUACAUAGAUUUUCACCAUUUUUACCAUGUGCUGUUUUAAACAAUUGGUUUGUUGAGUAAUAAUAAGUAAUAUGCAACUACAAGAAGAAUUUACUAUAUCUGCCACAAAUGCUUUAUAAAGUAUGUGAUGGUUUUGAUUAAAACACAGAUGUUCGAUGUUUUCAGGACCAGGACAUCAGAAGGAAAAUAUCUUUCUGCAUUGGACCAAUUUUACAAUCCAAGUUACACAGCAAGGAUAUAAAAUACCAGUUAUGUCUGCUGUGGAAUGCUAUUAUUGUUUUACAAUCAGAUCCUUCAGGUUUGGUUUAAACCUGAAAUCUUUGUUAAUGUGUUUUGUCAAUGUACACAUUUGUUAGUACAAACAAUUUAACUAUCAAUUACAUUGCUGCGUCACUUUUAUUUGUGUAUGAGUUGUAGCAUUACUUUUGGACUACUUCUCUCUCACACACACAGUAUCUGUAAUAUAAAAUAAAAUGUGAUCUGGAGAGAGGAAGUUUUUUUUUUAAGGCGCCUCAUAUUUGCAUAUUUAACAGUUCGCUACGAAGGGGUGGAGCAAGCAGCAGUGCUCAAAAUAUAAUUCACAUAUGUUUUAAUAUAAAAUGAAUAUAGUAAAUAGGUCAGUAGGGGGAUUUUUUUUACUUCACUUUAAAAAAAUCCCCAAAGUUUAGUGUGCGUAUCAUGAGUUCAUUUACUGCAAUAUUCCCAUAUUGAAUGAAAAAUACCAUUGGUUUAAGACUGCGGUCAACUCAGCCGACGCUUGAAUUAUAGUGCACGUAUAUGCUGAUAUUUACGGUAUUGAACAAGUAACCCGAAAAGUAACCGGAAUAAAAGCUGUUUAAUCAAA